CUUCAUAUGUAAGCCUCAACUCACUCACACCUCCUCACCGCCAUACUCCACUCAUUAUCUUCUAGUUUCUCCAAAGCCUCAAUUGACUUUCCCUCAGCUGACUUAUCUCAAAGACACCCAUACACAGAAGCAAUGGCCGAAACUCCCAGUGCUAAGCGUCAAAAGUCCUCCAAGGACGUCUCCUAUGAACUCAUCUACUGGCCAGGUCUCCCCGGCCGCGGAGAGCACGCCCGUCUCCUCCUGGAGGAGGCCGGCGCUGAAUACACCGAUACUGCGCAGAUUGAAGACGGCGUCAAGACUGUCCUGGCCCAGAUCGAUGACAAGAACCUGGGCGAUGAGCACAAUCCGCCUCCCUUGGCUCCCCCCAUCCUGAAGCACGGCGAACUCCUCAUUAGCCAGACGUCCAACAUCCUACUCUACCUGGGACCACGCCUCGGCCUUGCGCCCAAGAUAUCCGAAGAUGACGAUGGUAUCUACUUCGUCAACGGCCUUGCGCUGACUGCGCUGGAUGGACUGAGCAACGAGGCUCACGACACACACCACCCUAUCGCGACAGGGCUGUACUACGAGGACCAGAAGGAGGAGAGUAAGAUCAAGGCCAAGGACUACAUCGCCAACCGGUUGCCCAAAUUCUUUGGCUACUUUGAGCGGGUGCUAAAGAGCAAGGCUAGCGGCAAGGGCCCUUGGCUCUAUGGCGGGUCUCUGACAUACGCUGACUUGGUCCUUUUCCAGUGCCUCGAUGGUCUUAAGUUCGCGUUUCCCAAUGCUCUGAAGCGUAUCGAGGGAGCUGGCGACUUCAAGGGCCUCUUUGCGCUCUACGAUGCUGUCAAGGAACGGCCCAAGAUUAAAGAAUAUCUUGCUAGCGACCGUAGACAAAAGUACUCUCAGGGGAUUUACCGCCACUAUCCUGAGCUGGAUGAAGAGUGACGGUGAGACUAGUGUUAAUGGAAAGGUUUGAAGGUUUGAGACAUACUAUGAUAGAUGAGCUCGAAUAAACUGCAUCAUCUCAAAAUUGAAAAUAUUUUGCGUUAAA